GUGCCUGUUUGAUCAUAAACAGAAGAAAAGUGCUUUUCAGAUAUAGCUGCUUUUUAAGGAGUAUUCAGACUUCAAUUCAACAAAUCGACGAUGGGAAGCAAUGAAAACUCGGUUCACCUCAAAGUAUUUGUCGACAAAAAGAAGAAAAAAGUGAUGUUCGCAGAAGCGGAAGAAGACUUUGUUGAAAUUCUCUUUAGUUUCUUCACUUUGCCGCUCGGAACAAUCGCAAGACUCUCACACACGUUAGCGGACUCGCAGAGUACAAAAGUUGGAAGCUUGACUUCCUUGUAUGAAAGUGUUGUGAAUCUAAAUGAUCAGCAUUUCUCUAACAAACAUUCUAAGGAUGCACUUGUUAUUCCAAACAAUUCAUCGGUUUCUGUUCUCCGGAAGCUGAAAAUAAAUCUAGACGACACGAAACCCGUCAGUAAUACUACUGUUGUUGGUAGUCAAGACGAUGCAGUAUUUGUCAAAAAGAAGACAUCGUUCAUCAUCACCGAUGAUCUCAACGUAGUACCCGUGUUGCUGGAUUCAAGCAUCGAACUCCUUAAUUCCCUUGGUGUUGAAUACAUUGAUUUGCUAGAUGAGAGAACCAUUUGCUUUGGCUUGGAAGAGUUUUCCAAUCUACUCAAGUGGUCGUUAUUGACAAAAAGUCCUUUGACAAAUCUGGUUCUUCCGAGAAGUAAAUCAUGCUCGUGCUCGAGCUCAUGCUUGUGUUGUUGUUCAUACUCAUCGUCCAUCGCAAACUCUACCUUGAGCAAUUCAACUUCGAUUUCGAAGAACUCAGGCCAGUCACAGACUAUAAAACUACUAGUACAGAAAUCAAAGAAGAAGGUAUUAUGUGCACAAGUUGAGAAUUUCUUUGUGGAACUUCUCUUCAGCUUCCUAACGAUCCCAUUGGGUGCCGUAAAACGUUUAACAAAGGAUAAUUCUUCUCCGAUGGGUAUAGAUAAUUUGUACAAUAGUAUUUCAAGUUUCGGAGAUCGGAAAUACUUGAAAUCUGAGGACGUCACGACCAUGUUACUUUGCCCGAAACUCGCAGCUAAUUAUCUGCGUGUGACCGACUUUCUUCCCAUUUACGAUGUAAAUACAAGCAAGGGUCAUUUCCUUAAGGAACAAACGACAUUUAUAAUUUCUGAUGAUCUAGAAAUAACAGUGUCACCGUCUAUAUCAACGAUUUCGAAGUUCAACACACUUGGCAUUUCUGUUGGUGAUAUCGAGGUUAUCGAAGCGAGCGUAGGUGAACAAGAGGCACUUUUAAUCCUCARAGCUUCUAUCACCUCAACAUCGGCUUUAACCGAUUGCCUCGAUGCGCUUAUGAAGAAGCCAAAGGCAUCGACUUGAAGCCCUAAUUCGGUUGCUCAUGGAUUCAGUCAUGAUAUUUGUGUCUUGUACUAGUAUCGUUAAUGGUUUACGCUUGUGUGAUAUGACUUUGUGUAUAUGUAUAUCGUUAUUUCUAUUGCAAAAAUUGUACAUGAUCAUGGAAUAGUUGUGGAUUUAUAUC